ACUGUUUCCAAGAUCCACAUCCUCCAGUCAAAUUAAUCCCAUAUUGGAGGAAAACAAGGUGGUCAAACCCAACCCAUCACAUUCCAGCUCUACAGGUAGCCAUUUGAGGUUCUGCAGUUUUGAAAGAUAACUGGAUAAGAAGGUGAGAAACAGAGAAACAGAGACAGUGUGCCAAAAACCAUGGCUUCAAUGUCAGUAAUAACAUCACCUCAAUGGCUUACAGCUAAAUCCAUAAGAACCCAAAUCCCUUCAGCUUCUCUGGCUCUAUUAACAGGUUCGAGAGGAAGAAUUUCGAUCUCUCCCAAUGCGGAAAACAACCCCAAAGCUUGCUCUUCCCUUCUUCACUGCUCCUUUCUCCCUUCUUCCUCAUCUUCUGUCUCUUGCCCUUCUUCUUUUGCAGGGUUAUCUUUGGGGAUGGAUUUUAGUUCAAACAAUGGGGUAAGGAAUGAGAAAAGGAGAGGCCUAGUGGUGAGGGCUGGAAAGGCUGCUCUUUGUCAAACAAAGAGGAAUAGGUCUCGGAAAUCUUUGGCUCGAACUCAUGGGUUCCGUAGAAGAAUGAGAACAACUAGCGGAAGAGCUGUCUUGAAACGUCGACGUGCUAAGGGUCGGAAGGUCCUUUGCACCAAAUCCAAUCCAAACAGUGGGAAGCGUAGUUAAACUAUUUCUCUUUGUUUCAGUUUGCAAUAUUCCGUAAAAUGUGGCAUUUUUUUUUUUAUCAUCUUUAGAGGAUAAAUUAGGCAAAACUUAGCCAAUGCCUCUUAUGUUGUUUCAAUUGUGCAAUAUUUGUAGACUGAAAUUCACAUUUUAAUUGUUAUAUUCUACUAUUUUUUUUGUUGUCUAUA